UCAUAAAUGGCACCCGCAUUUUCUAGCUGUGCGCGCUCCCUUGGAGCACGCAGCACCCUGAUCCGGUGCCUGCUGUGUCCUCCGGACACAGUGGAACACCGAUCGUCGGACGGGACCUCUCUGCGAGGUCCCGAUCACAUGCAGAGUAGUAAGCAAGAUGUCACUUGCAAGCAUUUAACUGAAUGAAAUUGAUUAAUUCAGUGUUUUCUGUUGUGAUUUACUGUGAUUGGCAACAGAUAAUCACAUGACACAGAUGGACUGUGAUUGGCCCAGUCUGUACCAUGUGAUUACUGUGACCAAUCACAGCU